UGAACAGCAAGGUGAUUUUUUUUAACCAGAAACUGCAGAAUAUGAGACACAUUUCUCUCUGAGUGAAUUAGAUGGACAAUUUGGAUAGACUAACCUGUUCCAGGUGUGACAUCAGUUUGCGCGUGUUGUGUUCGCUUGUUGUUUUGCUGUCUUUCUCCAUGUUUCCCCUUUUUGUUCAACUUCGCUGCAUCUCGUCAUGUCUUCACAUUUCGCCUGUGGCUCCUCGUAUGACACUGUGAACGUUCAGUGGAUUUCCUUUCUCUCAUUUCCCGUCUCUCCUCCUGUGACCUUCCAGAUGUUGGCAUCGCUCCUCUCCACGGCGCUGCUGUCGGCGCACGCCGCUCUGGCCGUCGGCGUCGCCACGCCGCUCCUCACCUUCAUGGUCACGGACCCGAUCACCGGCGGCUCGCUGGAGUGCGACCGAUGUCCGCCCGGCACCUUCAUGCGCGCGUCCUGCACGGCGACGCAGAAGACCCAGUGCGCGCAGUGUCCGCCGGGCUCGUUCACGGAGCUGUGGAACUACAUCGGGAAGUGUCUGCGCUGCGGCGUGUGCGGCCACAACGAGGUGGAGAAGACAGGCUGCACCGCGUACAGCAACUGCCAGUGUCAGUGUAAACCGGGAUACCACAAGGUGAAGUACGACAUGUGCGUCCGCCACAGCAAGUGUCCGUCCGGACAACAGCCGCUGACCAAAGGUACACCUGAUGAGGACACAGUGUGCCAGAAUUGUCCCGAAGGCAGCUACUCCGACACCGCCUCUGCUCUGCAGAACUGCACGCUACACCAGAGCUGCGAUGCUCCGGGGCUGGUGCUGAAGGGCUCCAUCUGGCACGACAGCGUUUGCACGAGCUGCGAAGAACUCAAAUCGAGAGACGGCGGGGACUACCUCAAAGAAAUCGUCCCGGCUUUCUUCAUCCACCAUAAAAUGACCCUCAGGCGGCUGCGUCAGGUCGUGCACAAGCUCCCGUCCGAGGAUGGCAAAAGGCAACCAGGAGCUUCAGGACUUGACCUCUCAGAGCUCCACGCGCGGAUCAACACCUGGGUCGCUUCCGCCUCGGCCAAUCAGAUCCGGCAGCUUCCGGAGAUACUGGCCAAAAGCGGAGCGAACAGCGCCGGCGAGCGGCUAAAGAGCAAGCUGCAGAGAAUCGACUCAAAUCUAAGGCAGCUGUGUGCUUUGGGUAAUGAGGUAGAUGUACUGUCAUUCUAAUGCCGUGAAAGGCUUAAGUAGAAAAUAUUUAGUUAUACUGUAGCAACAAAAGAGGUCCAGUGUUCAUUUGAAAAGCAAAGACUAUUAUUUUUGUCGUGUAGUUCAAGAAUUGCUGCCCUAUUUCGAGAUGCACUGUCAGUACAAUACUUGUAUUUACUAUUAGUUCAAAAGAGAAUACCGUUCAAUUAGAGGAGUAGUUCAUUCACUUCGAUCUGCAUCAAGCACAGCAUUAACAUUCCCUCAUUUUUCAGGGCAUUUCAGUUUUUGUUGUUGUUGUUGUUUUCUUCAUAAAAUCGACCAAACAACCCAAACCUGUUUGUGUCACCUCGCUUGAAAUGACCUGCUCUGAGUACAUUCCUCAUAGGCGUACCGAUUUAAAGACAAUUCACGAGAUUAUGUUUUCAGACUUUAGAAAAUCAUGGCCCGAGACGGGAGACUUAGAGCUCAGCACUGUGGUUGAUGGGGUGAAAAUCCCGUUCGUUUUCUCCAUGAGGGUUGGUCCAAUGUAGACCGACCACGAGUUACGGGAUUGUGAAAGGAAGGUUUACGCUCGGGUAGAAGUCGCAAGUCCGUACAAAAUCCACUCCUAAGCGUGUAACGACUUUUACCAUCGAAAUGUAAAUGCAAACCUGCCGACAGCUAGCGAGCUUCUACCGUUGAGGUCUAUGAUAGUUUAUGUACAGUCUUGUUCCUUUUUUUUUUUUUUUAUUAUUUUUAUUUUGCGCCAAAUGUUUUAUAGUCACAAUUCAUCCCGUAGCUGGUUGGCUUGAUUCCAGAGAGAGAGAGAGAGAUCCUAUUGUCUGUUCUUCACAUGCAGACAGAGAGGGUAGAGGCAGAGCUGCAGGAUGAGGUCUCACUCUGCUUGAAAUUCUGGCGUUUUUUGUAUGCUUUGUACUGCAAAGAUACUACUGUACGUUCACCUGCGUCCUUACAGCCACGAGCAUUGUACUCUAAAACACACAGAAAAAUCUCCUAUUCUUUUUUUUCUGGGGGUGAUAACCGGGAGAGAACUUGCACGAAUACAGAAGAUAAAGUGUUGGCCUUCAGUACAUCUACCUCUUUCUAUGUCUGCAGUUGAACACCGACCUGGCGCCAGUUUGUCAUUUUGUGUAGUGGCUCAAUGUGUGAACUUAAUUUAUUUUGCUAUUUAUAGAAAACGAGGUAAGCUGCAUCGUGAGAGGAACAGGGAUGGAGGAGCUCUUGUGUUUGCCGUUCACGGUUGACAUUUAAAGCAAGCGUAGAAUUGUAUGCAAGUGAAUGUGGAGCAUGUGUUACUGCUUUGAAUGACGCUUUGAAUAAAAAUGAUCCCAAAUGUAAAAAA